CGUUGUCAAAACAUGAAGUGUUUAUAAGUUUUUAUUCAAUCGAUACACUAAAAAUUAAACAUGGAUUCUUGGGAGAAAAGUGCAGUUUGGAAGGUUAUAAGCUUUGUAAAAAAGAAUGAUAUAAAGAACGCAAAGCCGUUAUGCAAGGAAGCAAUACGUCAGUUUGAAGACAUUGACAAAAGAAUAAAUCUGAAUGUUAAAAGCAAGAUAUCGCUUGUUAAAACUUUUAUUGAGAAUGUGGCAAGUGGUCAGCAGAAAUCAGCACAGAAACAAAUAGAUCACGUUUCGGAGUUGUUCGAAACGCAUAUAAAACCUUACCUUGAGGAAGAAGAAAGAACACUUAGAAAAAUGGAUGGUGGAACCCGUAAGGUAGAUACAAAAGGGGCAGAUACACGCCAGAACAGAGAACACGUAGAAGGUUUUAACAGCAAGGAAAUCGCCAAAGGACCAAUCGAGAGAGGAACCAAAGGCUUAAUUCAGGCAUUCAAAGGCAUAUACAAGCAUGGUUCAUGGAACGCUGCUUUUCAAGUAUUGAAGGCAAUGAGAGGAUCAGAACAACUCAGUAUCGAGUGUCUUCUAGUAAUUGUACAGAAAGCAUUUGAUUAUUGCAAAGAGGAAUCUUCUACACAAGUGAACACUGCCGAGGAAUGUGCUCGUCUCAUUGUGAAAGACGGCCAGUUGCCUCGUGUAAAACCGAAGUUAAGCAACGAUACACCAGUGAAUGACUUGUUGCUAAGAUACAGAUAUAUACAUGCAGAGUUAGCGGUGGAUCGCCUGCAGAAGGCUUUUUUGAAAACUAUCCUUGAACAUCUCGAUACCAAAUAUAACAUUCGGAUCGGACAAGAAUCAGCUGUGGAGCGUUUCAUACAAGACUGCAUGGAAGUCACAUGGUUGAUGUGUGUCGAGGAUCCUCCGAUCUAUAUGCACCCUUUAGAUGCGAAGAAUAUUGACGAAAAGAAAUACGAGCUUGAAAAGAGAGGAAAAACUUGCAUUGUCUGGCCGGCAUUACAGGUUGAUUUGAAUGGCCCAGUGGUAGCAAAGGGUGUUGCUUGGUACAAAUAAGUGUCCUGGAUUGGAGGAAAACUAAUAUAGUAACUACUGUGUAUAUUGACUAUAUAUAUUUACUAGAAAAAAGCAUGAAUCAGACGACGUAAAAUAAAAAAGUGUAGAAAUUCACCAAUGUUGAUUCUAACAUAAAAAUGUUUUGUCGUUAAAUGUUUUAACAGAGAGAUUCUCGCGCUAACGCGUUAUUAACAGGCGAAAACGUAUCACGGCCCUACAACGCAUAAUUCAAAUGGAAAUGACAUAAACGCGAUAAAAAAGGUUGAUCUACACACGUAUUUCAUAAAUAUUUAAGAAUGUUAAUGGAAAAUAUACUCAUAAAUUAGUUUUAUACACGUUCUAUGCUAGAAUAGCGGUAACGCAUGUUUGUUUCGUAUUAAUUCAACUGGAUACAUUGGUACCCUGUUUUUUCUGGUGAUUUUAUUACAGACGAAGUCUCUUUAGAUGAUUGUCAAAUGUCUUCGCUAAAUUACUCACUGUUUUAUCACGGUUCUUUUUCAUGUAAAAAUAGCCCGAAAUAUAACUUGGGAUCGACAUCCUAUGAAUUAAGUAUAAGUUACAGACUGGUCUUUAUUUUUCAUGGCAAAUCCGUGAACCAUAACAGAGAUUGUAACCUGGUUAUAUUCACACUAAGUGACAGCUUAUUAAGACUUGACUUUUAAAUCCCAGUGUGUUACAUUAUGAACUAAAGCAUUUUGACUGAUUUUGUGUUGACAUUAUAUUACAAUAAGUAAAAUGUCUUUUAAAAUAUCGAUAAAAGUUCCACUUUUAUACAACUUCUGUAUUGGAAUGUAUACAGUAUUAAUACAAUGAAACAACAGUAUCCAUUUUCUGUACUUCAAUGGUUAAUUAAGUCACUACUAACGAAAUUCAUUAAAGAAAGAAAUUCGAAGUUCAUGCGAAAUGAGCGACAAAUCCAUGAAUUACGCAAGCGAUUCAUGACCAAUCACAAUUUUGUCGUUCAUUUCGCAUGAACUUCGAAAAUAUUUUUUUUUAUAUUUACACUGUUUUCCGUUCUGUUUUGUUAACAACAAAAUAUAGAGGAUAAUUGUUGGUUUCGGUGUAAUAUCACGUUAUAAUUUCACCGAGUGGGCACCAAAAGUGAUAUUUUCACGAGUGGCGCAGCCACGAGUGAAAAUAACAACUUUUUGUGUUCACGAGUGAAAUUACCGUUAUAUUACAUCGAUACCAACGAUUUUUCUGUUUAUUUUAUGUCUAAAACUCUACUUUUGUUGUGUUUAUUUCAAUAAAAUGUCGAAAUUUACGGGAAACUUUAUCAGGAAGCAUCGCAAAGAUGACGUCAUUUUAACGACGUCAUCGUCAUAUUGUUUCCGGCUUUCAGUACGCUCGGUAAACUUUUUGACGUUAAUCCGGGAAUCAGAUUUGAUAAUUUUCACUGAGUGGCCAGUGAGUUUAUCAGGAUAUAAUUCACCGUUAUAUUUCGAUAAACCACCGAAAAACAUAAAAUAAAGGUAUUUUCUUUUAAUGCGUAUCACAAAAUCCUAAUAAAUAAAACGCCUGACUAUCGAUCUUGCAACCUCUAAAUAAACCAGCCUACGAUAAAUUGUAAUUCGCUUUACGACAAAAAUACUGUUCCUGAUUUUUAUCUAUUAGUAAAAUAUCCUCAAAUACAGUAAAAUCACAUAGUCGUGCAGUUUUAAGUCAAAAUCACGGUUACUGUACUCUCUUUUUCUGGCAUUUAUCUACACCCGCUUCAGUCAAUUAGACCUAGUAUUGUAGUUAUUCGGCAGCAAUUCGCUUAACAUGUUAAGCAACGUGGAGGAAUAAACUACUGACAAUGUUA